AUGAACUAUCAGAAUAAAGACCCAUCAAGAAUUUAUGUGGUCAAUAAAAAUCGGCAAAGAAAGAAAGCGGGUACCCACAGAAAGGAAUUAUUGAUAGAAUUGUACAAAUACAAAAGUCAAAAUCAACCUGACGUCAAACUCACAAAAUUAAUGCGACAAUUAUCACAAGACACUGGUAUUGGCUAUAGAACAGUUAAAAAUAAUGUGCUGGAAUAUUUAUGUGAACAAGGAAUAACACAAAAAAGAAUUGCACGAACGUUCUGUGAAAAAAUUGGCACAUCCGAUAAAUGUAAAAUUCUCCAAAAAAUUCAUAGUUUUUGGUUUAGACAUAAAAUACCAACUUUAAAAAAUAUAACAUUCGCCAUCAACGCUGAUCUCGGUCUCCCAUCACUAAGUGCUUGUGAAUUAAAAAAAGUAUUGAAAGAUCUACAUUUUGAAUAUACGCCAUGCAAUUACAAUUACCGUUUGCGUGCUCUUACAGAAAAAGAAGAAAUUGUUCUAUGGCGUCGAAAAUAUUUAGAAGAUAUACGGCAUUACCGAAAUGAAGGUAGAACUAUUUAUUAUUUGCAAGAGACGUGGAUAAACGCUGAAGAAUAUUCAUCCAAAGACUUAUGGGCCGAUAAAGAACCUUCAGGGGAAGGCAAACGUAUAAUUGUCUUGCAUAUUGGAUCGGUCGAAGGUUUCGUGGAGGGAGGUCUGCUAUGCUUUGAAUCGAAAACAAAUACGGCUAACUACCAUGACCAUAUGAAUGGUGACAUAUUUUACGAAUGGUUCUGUGGUAUAUUGCCUUUAUUAAAGGAGAACUCCGUUAUAGUGUUUGACAACGCGUCAUACUAUUCGGUAGCAAAUCACGUACCCACCAUGUCCUGGAAAAAAGAUUCUAUUUUAAAAUGGUUUGAAAGUAAAGGCAUAGUAUUGGAUAGGCCAAUGGUGAAGUUUCAAUUAAUUGAAAAAGUGAAGAAUACAAGACUUAUCUAUGACAACUAUAGAAGAAGUGUACAAGAAUCAAUAAAUCAUAAUAAAGAUGUUCUACGUCUACCUCCAUACCACUGUCAUUUAAGUCCAAUGCAGUUAGCAUGGGAAGUUGUGGCCAGACAUGUGGAAAUUAAAAACUGCACAAGUUCUAAGCUGGAAGAUGUACGUCAACUAUUUAAUGAUGGUGUUAAACUAUUAUCAACCGAGAUGUGGGCUGGUUACGUAAAUUCCUCAAUUAUGCAUGAAAACAUACUUUGGAACCUUGAUAUCAUUACCGAUAAGAUAUUGGAUGAAACCGUAACUGCAAAAAUAAAUUUAGUUACGUCUUCCGAAUCAUCAUCAGAUUGA